GAUGGCACUAGUUUUUCGUCGGACGACGAUGCGACAACAAUUGAACUAUGGUCGAAACAACUGCGACGGCGUGGCGACAAUGUACGUUUCAUUCCUCCACGGCGAGUCGUACGGCAAGCUACGUUCCGACAUUUUGGCCGCCGGGAGCAAAGUGCGCUUGCGGAAUUUGAUUAUUUGCAAGAACUGAGCACGGAUGCCAGUGGAAUAGUAACGAGCUCGGACUAUUCCUCACCCGAGGGGCGUCUGUUCGACAAGAAACCGAAGGUGCAGAAGAGCGGAGUGCUUUGCCGACUGAAG